AAGGCCUGCAUGGAGAUGAAGCGGGAGUACGACCAGUGCUUCAACCGCUGGUUCGCUGAGAAGUUCCUGAAGGAAGAGGGCGGUGACAGCAGUGGAGGCGACCCCUGCGCCCAACUCUUCAAGUGCUACCAACUCUGCGUCAGAAAAGCUAUUAAGGAGAAAGACAUACCCAUUGAAGGGCUGGAAUUCAUGGGCCGCAGCAGAGGAAAAUCUGAAAACUCUUCCUGACCAUGAUGGCAACAGAAAAAUUAUUUUGAACAUUAAAAAAGCCAAAUUCUAAACCUUGUUGCUGUUGAACAAGGACUCUGCCAUCUGUGCAGAUGGUGCAAUUCAAGGACUGUUCUCCACAGCAGCAUCUGCCUCAUGGAGCCAGGAGCCAGUUUCAUAUCUACUGACAACUGGGUGUGGC